AUGGAGCCCGGCCUGCAGUACAACUACGUGUGCGACGAUGACGACUACAUGAUCCAGGAGGAGGAGUGGGAUCGGGACCUGCUCCUCGACCCCGCCUGGGAGAAGCAGCAGAGGAAGACAUUUACCGCCUGGUGCAAUUCCCAUCUCCGGAAAGCCGGCACCCAGAUCGAGAACAUCGAGGAGGACUUCAGGAAUGGCCUCAAACUCAUGUUGCUGCUGGAAGUCAUCUCAGGGGAGCGACUGUCCAAGCCCGACAGGGGAAAGAUGCGUUUCCACAAGAUCGCCAACGUCAACAAGGCCCUGGAUUACAUCGCCAGCAAAGGGGUGAAACUGGUGUCCAUCGGGGCGGAAGAAAUCGUCGACGGCAACGUGAAAAUGACCCUGGGCAUGAUCUGGACCAUCAUCCUUCGUUUCGCCAUCCAAGACAUUUCCGUUGAAGAAACCUCCGCCAAAGAAGGUCUGCUGCUGUGGUGUCAGAGAAAGACGGCACCUUACCGAAAUGUGAACAUUCAGAACUUCCACCUCAGCUGGAAGGAUGGCCUGGGACUGUGCGCCCUGAUCCACAGACAUCGUCCGGACCUCAUCGACUACUCCAAGCUCAACAAGGAUGACCCCAUAGGAAACAUCAAUCUGGCCAUGGAGAUUGCCGAAAAGCACCUGGAUAUCCCGAAGAUGCUGGAUGCAGAAGACAUUGUGAACACUCCCAAACCCGAUGAACGAGCUAUCAUGACUUAUGUCUCCUGCUUCUACCAUGCUUUCGCUGGAGCGGAGCAGGCCGAGACGGCGGCUAACAGGAUAUGCAAGGUUCUGGCCGUGAACCAGGAGAACGAGCGGCUCAUGGAAGAAUACGAAAGACUGGCGAGUGAGCUCUUGGAGUGGAUUCGCCGGACGAUCCCCUGGCUGGAGAACCGGACCCCCGAGAAGACGAUGCAGGCCAUGCAGAAGAAGCUGGAGGACUUCCGUGAUUACCGCCGCAAGCACAAGCCCCCUAAGGUGCAGGAGAAGUGCCAGCUGGAGAUCAACUUCAACACCCUGCAGACUAAGCUCAGGAUCAGCAACCGGCCCGCCUUCAUGCCCUCCGAGGGCAAGAUGGUCUCGGACAUCGCGGGGGCCUGGCAGAGGCUGGAGCAGGCCGAGAAGGGCUACGAGGAAUGGCUGCUCAACGAGAUCCGCCGGCUGGAGCGGUUGGAGCAUCUGGCUGAGAAGUUCAAGCAGAAGGCCUCCACUCACGAGACCUGGGCCUACGGUAAGGAGCAGAUCCUGCUGCAGAAAGACUACGAGUCGGCGUCCCUGACGGAGAUCCGCGCCCUGCUGAGGAAACACGAGGCUUUCGAGAGCGACCUGGCCGCCCACCAGGACCGGGUGGAGCAGAUCGCCGCCAUCGCCCAGGAGUUGAACGAGCUGGAUUACCACGACGCCUCCAGCGUCAACGAUCGCUGCCAGAAGAUCUGUGACCAGUGGGACCGUCUGGGGACCCUCACCCAGAAGCGCAGAGAAGCCCUGGAGAGGACCGAGAAACUGCUGGAAACCAUCGACCAGCUUCACUUGGAAUUCGCCAAGAGAGCCGCCCCCUUCAACAACUGGAUGGAGGGGGCCAUGGAGGACCUGCAGGACAUGUUUAUCGUCCACAGCAUCGAGGAGAUUCAGAGCCUGAUCACGGCCCACGAGCAGUUCAAGGCCACGCUGCCCGAGGCGGAUGGGGAGAGGCAGGCCAUCAUGGCCAUCCAGAACGAGGUGGAGAAGGUCAUCCAGAGCUACAACAUCCGGGUCAGCUCCAGCAACCCCUACAGCACCGUCACCAUGGACGAGCUCCGCGCCAAGUGGGACAAGGUGAAGCAGCUCGUGCCCGUGAGGGAUCAGUCCUUGCAGGAGGAAUUGGCUCGUCAACACGCAAAUGAGCGUCUGCGCCGCCAGUUUGCUGCUCAGGCCAACGCCAUCGGGCCCUGGAUUCAGAACAAGAUGGAGGAGAUCGCCCGCAGCUCGAUCCAGAUCACCGGCGCCCUGGAGGACCAGAUGAACCAGCUGAAGCAGUACGAGCACAACAUCAUCAACUACAAAAUCAACAUCGACAAGCUGGAGGGCGACCACCAGCUGAUCCAGGAGGCCCUCGUGUUCGACAAUAAGCACACCAAUUACACCAUGGAGCACAUCCGCGUGGGCUGGGAGCUGCUUCUGACCACCAUCGCCAGGACCAUCAAUGAGAUCGAGACCCAGAUCCUCACCAGGGACGCCAAGGGCAUCACCCAGGAGCAGAUGAACGAAUUCCGAGCCUCUUUCAACCACUUCGACCGGAGGAAGAACGGUUUAAUGGACCAUGAGGAUUUCCGAGCCUGCCUCAUCUCCAUGGGCUACGACCUGGGGGAGGCCGAGUUUGCCCGCAUCAUGACCCUGGUGGACCCCAACGGGCAGGGCACCGUCACCUUCCAGUCCUUCAUCGACUUCAUGACCCGGGAGACCGCCGACACGGACACGGCCGAGCAGGUCAUCGCCUCCUUCAGGAUCCUCGCCUCCGACAAGCCCUACAUCCUGGCCGAAGAGCUACGUCGAGAACUGCCGCCGGAUCAGGCCCAGUACUGCAUCAAGAGGAUGCCCGCCUACUCCGGCCCGGGCAGCGUCUCCGGGGCCCUGGAUUACGCCGCCUUCUCGUCCGCCCUGUACGGGGAAAGCGACCUGUGAGCCGGGAAGGCCCCUGUCCCCGGUCCACCCUCCCCCCAAAUCCCAUCCUCGCCCCCCGCCCCACCGGAAUCCAGAGCCCAGGCCUCGCGGGAGGCCCGAUGAGCAGAUCGACCGUGGAUUUUUGCAGCGCGAUAGACGCCCCCGCCCCCUCCACCUGCCCCUUUCCUUCCCUCCCCCGGCAACGUAACGUGUUCGAAAUGUGUGUGAGAGUGGGUGCCACCGUAGGCGGCCUCAGCGUCGGCUUCUUAGGCUUAGCUAGUCCAGCGCAGGGUGGGAGGAGACGUGGAGGCGGAACCGCGGGGGCCUGGGGGAUGGCGGGGAGAAGAGAGAGACAGAGAAGAGGGAAGAGAGAGCGGCAGAAGAGAGAGCUGAAGAAUGUGGAAAAUGCUAAACAGUCAGAUCCUCGAGACUAGGAACCGACGGAGACGUGGAAGAUUUUUCGAGCCUUUUUCCAGACACGUUCGCCCACCCGUCCACGGGCCCGGGAGGCCAGGCUGGGGUACGUGCCGCUCAUUCAUUCAUUCAAUCAUAUUUACUGGGCGCUUGCUGUGUGCAGAGCACUGGACUAAGCGCUUGGGAAGUCGGCAACAGGGAGAGACGGUCCCUACCUAACAACGGGCUCGCAGUCUCGGAAGACACCCAUUAGCUAUCCUCCUCCUGGGCCGCUCGAAUCCACCCAGAUGGGGACGAGGAAGGGAUGAAGAACGAGCCAGGGAGCUUUGCCCUUCCUGGCGGGAAAGAUGCCCCUGCGCUUUCCCAAACGCGGUCUCCGUCGGCUCCCGGCUCGUCCACGACCCGGGGCCGAGAGGCGUCUCCCGAGAGCCAGGAAACACGGCAGAGAAAUCUCCAGUCGGUCCCAAUCCUAGUUAGCGGUCCGGUCGUCGGGGGAAGGGGUUGAUAUUAUCCAAGAGAAGGAGGUUCCUGGAGCUCUUCCGGUGCCAGUUUUCCCUCGCACCUGGAGCCGGCCGAGGGAUCGGGGCUCCUCGGGAGCGAGUCUGGAGGGGCCUUCUUGGAAGAGCCGGGGGAAAGAGACGCUCACACCCACGGCGAGCAACCGGGGAGCCAGAUUUCACGUCCGUUUUCCCUCUGACGCUUUCACUGCGCUCGACCAGCAUCAUCUAGACGGCGGGAGACCCUCGGUUGGGAGACGGGGAGGCCAGCCGCUCCGGGCCGUUCGAUCCGGUCUCGCACCCCGUCCCGGGGCAGGCCGCGGUCACCCGCCGGCUCGUCCCGAUUUCCAUCGACGUCCAUUCAUUUUUCCGCUUACGCCAACGCGCUACGCCUCCCACCUCUGUGUUUCUGCCUCGUUGACAGCUUGUAGAGAAAUAAAGCAAUAAUUUUUUUUUUUUA